CGCAGCCGGAAGCUGUCAUUGAUUUCUCUUCCCGGCAUCGGAACUUGUGUGUUACUCAGGAAAGAUGGCCUCCGUGACUGUGCGUAGUCCUUCGGUCGGUGGAUUUGAGUUUGCGAACUGCAGGAGGAAUGCUGUAUUGGAGAAUGAAUUUAGACAGAAAGGGCAUAAGCUUCCUUCAGCCCGCAAAACGGGAACUACAAUUGUUGGUGUUGUGUUUAAGGAUGGAAUAAUUCUUGGUGCAGAUACCAGAGCAACUGAAGGAAUGAUUGUAGCUGACAAGAACUGUUCAAAGAUCCACUACAUAUCUCCAAAUAUCUAUUGCUGUGGUGCUGGGACAGCAGCUGACACAGAAAUGACAACCCAGAUGAUAUCUUCAAACAUUGAGCUGCAUUCCCUGUCCACGGGACGUCUGCCUCGGGUCGCUACUGCCAACCGCAUGCUGAAGCAAAUGCUAUUCAGGUACCAAGGAUAUAUCGGAGCUGCGCUGGUAUUGGGAGGAGUGGACAGCACUGGACCCCAUCUUUACAGCAUAUAUCCCCAUGGCUCUACUGACAAACUUCCCUAUGUCACUAUGGGCUCUGGGUCUCUAGCAGCAAUGGCUGUAUUUGAGGACCGUUAUAAACCAGAUAUGGAGGAGGAAGAAGCCAAACAGCUUGUGAGAGACGCCAUUGCUUCUGGAAUCUUUAAUGAUUUGGGUUCUGGUAGCAACAUUGACCUCUGUGUCAUAACUAAGAACAAGUUGGAUUAUAUCCGUCCCCAUGAUGUCGCCAACAAGAAGGGUGUGAGGACAGGAAAUUACAAGUAUAAGAAAGGAACAACAGGGGUCCUGUCUGAAAAGGUUACCCAUUUUAACCUGGAUUUGAUUGAGGAAAGUGUGCAGACAAUGGAUAUUUCUUAAUUUUAAGCACUCUGUAAUCCAACACUUCAUAUUUGUAUGUUAAGACUAUCUUGUUCAGCUUUUGUUGCUUGAUCCAAUGCUCAGUUUAAAUAAAAAGACAACAUGGCUACUUGGA